CUUUUAGCUAUUCUACACUCUACAGUAGCAAAUUUAAUGAAGUUGCAGCUCCUAUACUCGCUCACCAUUUUUUGGCCUGGUUUUGUAGCAAGUCAUGCAGCUAUAUCACCAGAAGUUUAUUGGAAAGUAAAAUUGCCCAACACUCAAUCCCCAAAGUCAUCAAGGAUUGCCUUCCCCAAGCAGAUAAUGAGAUUAAUGAGCUAAAACAAGGUAACACUGACACUAAGGAAAAAGUACACUAUGGUUUGCACAAAAAAAAAUGGUUAUGAUCGCGCUGCAAUGGAAGAUUAGGUUCGUGAGCUGAAACAAGAUAAUACUGCCAAUAAGGAGAAAGUAUAGUAUGGUUUGCGCAAACCAUAUGGUUAUGAUCGUACUGCUGCGGAGGAUGAGGUUCGUGAGCUGGAACAAGAUAGCACUGCCACUAAGGAGAAAGUAUACUAUGGUUUGCAUAAACCAUAUGGUUAUGAUUGUGCUGCUACAGAAGAUGAGGUUCAUGAGCUGAAACAAGAUAAUAUGGCCACUAAGGAGAAAGUAUACUAUGGUUUGCAUAAACCAUAUGGUUAUGAUUGUGCUGCUACAGAAGAUGAGGUUCAUGAGCUGAAACAAGAUAAUAUGGCCACUAAGGAGAAAGUAUACUAUGGUUUGCGCAAACCGUAUGGUUAUGAUCGUGCUGCUACGGAGAAUGAGGUUCGUGAGCUAAAACAAGACAACACUGCCACUAAGGAGAAAGUAUACUAUGGUUUGCACAAACCAUAUGGUUAUGAUCGUGCUGCUACAGAAGAUGAGGUUCAUAAGCUGAAACAAGAUAAACCGGCCACUAAGGAGAAAGUAUACUAUGGAUUGCGCAAACCAUAUGGUUAUGAUCGUGCUGCUUCAGAAGAUGAGGUUCAUGAGCUAAAACAAGAUAGCACUGCCACUAAGGAGAAAGUAUACUAUGGUUUGCAAAAUCCGUAUGGUUAUGAUCUCGCUGCUACGGAGGAUGAGGAUCGUGAGCUGAAACAAGACAACACUGCCACUAAAGAGAAAGUAUAUUAUGUUUUGCACAAACCAUAUGGUUAUGAUCGUGCUGCUACAAAAGAUGAGGUUUAUAAGCUGAAACAAGAUAAACCGGCCACUAAAGAGAAAGUAUACUAUGGAUUGUGCAAACCAUAUGGUUAUGAUCGUGCUGCUUCAGAAGAUGAGGUUCAUGAGCUAAAACAAGAUAACAUUGCCACUAAGGAGAAAGUAUACUAUGGUUUGCAAAAUCCGUAUGGUUAUGAUCUCGCGCUACGGAGGAUGAGGUUCGUGAGCUGAAAUAAGACAACACUGCCACUAAUGAGAAAGUAUAUUAUGUUUUGCACAAACCAUAUGGUUAUGAUCGUGCUUCUACAGAAGAUGAGGUUCAUGAGCUGAAACAAGAUAAUAUGGCCACUAAGGAGAAAGUAUACUAUGGUUUGCGCAAACCGUAUGGUUAUGAUCAUGCUGCUACAGAGAAUGAGGUUCGUGAGCUAAAACAAGACAACACUGCCACUAAGGAGAAAGUAUACUAUGGUUUGCACAAACCAUAUGGUUAUGAUCGUGUUGCUACAGAAGAUGAGGUUCAUAAGCUGAAAUAAGAUAAACCGGCCACUAAGGAGAAAGUAUACUAUGGAUUGCGCAAACCAUAUGGUUAUGAUCGUGUUGCUUCAGAAGAUGAGGUUCAUUAGCUAAAACAAGAUAACACUGCCACUAAGGAGAAAGUAUACUAUGGUUUGCAAAAUCCGUACGGUUAUGAUCGCGCUGCUACGGAGGAUGAGGUUCGUGAGCUGAAACAAGACAACACUGCCACUAAGGAGAAAGUAAAUUAUGUUUUGCACAAACCAUAUGGUUAUGAUCGUGCUGCUACAGAAGAUGAGGUUCAUGAGCUGAAACAAGACUAAACGGCCACUAAAGAGAAAGUUUACUAUGGUUUGCACAAACCAUAUGGUUAUGAUCGUGCUGCUACAGAAGAUGAGGUUCAUGAGCUGAAACAAGAUUAAACGGCCACUAAAGAGAAAGUUUACUAUGGUUUGCACAAACCAUAUGGUUACGAUCGUGCUGCUACAGAAGAUGAGGUUCAUGAGCUGAAACAAGCUAACACUGCCACAUAGGACAAAAUAUACCAUGGUUUGAACAAACUGUAUGGUUAUGAUCGUGCUGCUACGGAGGAAGAGGUUCAUGAGCUAAAACAAGACAACACUGACACUAAGGAUAAAGUAUACUAUGGUUUGCACAAACCAUAUGGUUAUGAUUGUGCUACUACAGAAGAUGAGGUUCAUGAGCUGAAACAAGCUAGCACUGCCACUAAGGACAAAGUAUACUAUGGUUUGCACAAACCAUAUGGUUAUGAUCGUGUUGCUACAGAGGAUGAGGUUCGUGAGGUAAAACAAGAUAACACUGCCACUAAGGAGAAAUUAUACUAUGGUUUGCACAAACCAUAUGGUUAUGCUUGUGCUGCUAUAGAAGAUGAGGUUCGUGAGCUGAAACAAGAUAACACGGCCACUAAGGAGAAAGCAUACUAUAGCUUGCACAAACUAUAUGGUUAUGAUCGUGAUGCUAUAGAAGAUGAGGUUCGUGAGUUGAAACAAGAAAACACUCCCACUAUGGAGAAAAUAUAUCAUGGUUUACACCAACGUUAUUGUGGGGAAUAAACCACUUGCCAAAAUAAUAUUCACGGUAAUAAAAGUGGAAUAAUAAUGUAGUA